UCACAUGACUACAAAAUGUCAGAAGCGGGGAAUCCUAAAAAACACCAAAGUGGUACUUAACUGUUAAAACCGAGUGACAACUAUUAUUUUGAACAGAGUUUAAAGCCUUUUUCGGCUCAAUUAUCAGCAAAAACUACAUUUACCAACCCUUGCAUGAUGUAAAAUGGAAAACAUUGAUCCAAGAUUGAAAUCAGCAUACCAACAACUUCAGAAGUCAUACAAAAUACUUCAGCAGUGUCAAACAACCUGGAAAGAAACAUUAAAACAAUGUCAAGAAGAAAUAGAUUCUUUGCAAAAUUUGUCUGAGCAAUACACUUGUUGUGAAGAGGCAGGUAUAGAUGUGCUGUUACUGCAGCUACCAGAUGUGAGAGAAAAAUUGUUGCAUAAGAUAUCUUUAGAGAUUGACAAAAAGUUGAAUAAACUACAUAUUUACAUGAACACAUUGAAAGACUGCUGUGAUAGAAUUUCCAAGCAGUAUGACUAUAGUACAACUGUAUCAAAGGGUUUACCAUUGGACCUUGUCACCAUGACAACAGAGACAAUACCAGCUUUUGCAGACAUGGUUGAAUGGUUAAAUGAUAUUGAUAUUCUGUUACACCACCAAUAUUGGGCUAAGAAACAUCUUUUAGAUACAUAUACUGUUCAUAAGUUUGAUAGUGAUAAUUUUAUGAAGAUGUGGAAUAGUGGAAAUAAAGAUACAACACAGAAAGUGAAUGAUGCUUUGUGUUAUGUGAAGUUUCUGUUGGAUGAUACCUGAAGCUGUUGUUACAAAGGAUUCAACAUCCUUUUAAUAAGUCUGCAUGGUGGAAUAUUAAGAAAAAAACAAUGCUGGACAUGUUUUGUUAAUAGUACUGAUUGUGCCUGGAUGAUAUAUACAUGUACAUCAUUAUUUAGACAAGUCAGAAGUAAUCUUGUGUUAGUAAAUCACUUGAUAUAAGAAAUUUACAAAUAUAA